GGGAAGAGCUCAUGGCUCUUGGGUCCCCACCCACACACAGCUUGUUCUGUGUCACCCCAGUUUGGUGGGUAGGUGCAAGCAGCACUUGGGCAGCGGACAUCCCAGGAGCUCAGGACGGAAUGUUCUACGUUAGGGCACAGGUCAUCUGUCACCCUGGAGGAGAGCCUCGCUUGGGUUUCUGCCUGCUAAUGGUGAGAUUAACUGGCACAGGCAGGGCAGGCUAUGGCUCUCCCAUACCCCCGGAUCUGCACUUUGUAUUUGACUUGUGUUAAGAAGUUGUGGCAGGCAGCCUGCCUCAGGCAAUGUUCCUUCUGUUCUUCCCGAUGGGGCUAAUCCGAUUCCCCACUCCCAGCUCUCUGGAGAUGAAUCUAAUAAGGGAGCCGUGACCAGGGGAAGAGGCAGGGGGGACCAGCAGGACGGCCUUCUCCUCUGUCUUCCCUGAGAGAGUCAGGCGAGGCAUUAGCUCCCCAAGGAUUCCCGGGGAACAACCAGUCCCCUCCUGGUCUCCGAGAUGUGGGCAGGACAGAACCCAAGAGGCGGCAGCCUCAGCAUGGAGGGCAGCGCCAGCCCUGCGCCCACCCCUGGGGCGCUGCCGUACUACGUGGCCUUCUCCCAGCUGCUGGGCCUGACCGUGGUGGCCGUGACGGGCGCCUGGCUGGGGCUGUACCGAGGGGGCAUUGCCUGGGAAAGCGCGCUGCAGUUCAACGUGCACCCCCUCUGCAUGGUCAUCGGCAUGGUCUUCCUGCAGGGUGACGCCCUGCUGGUUCACCGCGUCUUCAGAAAAGAAGCCAAACGCACAACCAAGAUCCUGCACGGGCUGCUGCAUGCCUUUGCAUUGGUCAUUGCCCUGGUGGGCUUGGUGGCCGUGUUCGACUAUCACAAGAAGAAGGGUUAUGCAGACCUGUACAGCCUGCACAGCUGGUGUGGGCUCCUGGUCUUUGUCCUUUACUUUGUCCAGUGGCUCGUGGGCUUCAGCUUCUUCUUGUUCCCCGGGGCUUCAUUUUCUCUCCGGAGCAGCUACCGCCCUCAACACAUCUUCUUCGGCGCCACCAUCUUCCUCCUGUCUGUGGGCACAGCCCUGCUCGGCCUGAAGGAGGCGCUGCUGUUUAAACUGGGGUCCAAGUACAGCACAUUUGAGCCUGAGGGCAUCCUGGCCAAUGUGCUGGGCCUGCUGCUGGUCUGCUUCGCUGUGGUUGUGGUCUACAUCUUGGCUCAAGCCAACUGGAAGCGGCCUCUCCAGGCUGAAGAGCAAGCUCUCUCCAUGGACUUCAAGACGCUGACCGAGGGAGACAGCCCCAGCUCCCAGUGACAAGGUCCUCCUGCACAGGGGCCCUCAGCAGGGGCGGCUCUUCCGGCUCCCGGGCGGAGGAUGGGCAGCCUGGCCAGGGAGUGUGGUUUGUCUUGGCUAGACUCUGGGUUAGGGUUGGCUUCUCUCUUUUCCCUCCUCCCUUGCAGCUAUAGCUGUUUCAUCACCGGGACUCCUGUGGAGGCCUGCCGGAGGCCCGCACCCCUGCUGCUCCUUCAAAUACAGAAGGCUUUGGGGCUCAGGUGGUGGCAGAUCCUGAGAAAUGCUGGAGAGUGGCUCUGCCCUCUCUCCUGCUGCAGAUGCCCCGGGCGAGGCCAGGCUGGGAAGAGCAAUGGCCACGGCUUUGGCAGUGGAGCAAGUGAGACUAUGUGCAAAGUAUGUUAGCAUUCAGAGCAAGGCUCCCGAGGAGAAGGGAGGGACUGGUCCAGGGAAUCACUGUGGUGUGUCCCAGCCUGGCUGCCAUCUUGAGUCUGCUAUUACCUAACUCGUGAGCUGAGGGCUGGCUUUGGGGGGGGGGGGAGGGAGGGAAUAGAUAUACAUGGCCCGGGAGACACCUGUCCUGGCCCAUGAGGGCAGCCCGCUUUGGAGGCAUUAGCCUCCCAGCUGCCUGUCCCAGGAUUCCCCUCUGCAGGGCCCGGGCUUAGCCCUGGUUUCCACUCAGGCCAGCUCAGGCAGGGUCCGGGAGGCCAAGGGCACACACAACUCCUAGGUUUUUAAGUAAUGAGCAAGGCUUCUGCUCUGGAGGCUGAGCCCCUCCUCCCUCCCCUGGGCCCAGUUGUGCAGGAUGUAAGGACCCGUGCGGAAUGAGACGAGGCACGUGGUGUCUGCACGUCAGUACAGCCCCUAAUGUGUUAUGUUGUUAGCUGAGUCACUGUUUGGCUUUAGGCUAGAAAUAACGUGAUUAGAGCAUUGUUCUUGUGCUUUCCUGGCUUUGGCAAAUAUUCUGUUUUCUGACUUUGAGUACAAUUUUCUUUGGCUACUGACAACUUGGGACAGAUAAUGGUUUACCUAAAAGAAAAAAUGAGUACAAUUUCUGAAACUGAUUCCUAUUUUGAAGGUUGCCUUUUACCUACGUAAAGGCUGCCGUUGAGAAAGAGUGGCCAUCUGUCUGUCAGAUUUGUAAUGGUGGGCCUCCUCCAUCUCCCCUCCACUCUCGGGAUGAUACUUCACUCCCAGAAUCAACUGUAUACCUGGCAAGGAGGGAGGGGGGUGUUAUCAACCCUGUGAUCACUGGCACUCACAAAUGCAUUCAAAUAUUUACACGUGGGAAACUCGCUCUUAGACAAACUACCAAAGUACAAUGGUGUAUCUCCCUUGCCAGGUUCUAUAGAGAACAGGAACCGUGCAUUUGUAAUGAGUCUGUAAACUGGUCUGUGUGCCAAAGUAUAUGUUGGAUGACUCAGGACCAAAGAUGGCCUCAACAGAUGUGUGUGGUUUCAUUGUUUGCCUGUGGCCAGUCUCCUGAUGUGCAACAGAUGAAUCAAUAAAUGUCUACAGCAGACUG